AUGUUCAAGGGCGCCGCUAUUUUCAGACGGCUUGCGCCACACUCACGGCGUUUCUCUGCAGAAUCGAUCACGAAGCGAGUUGCUGGGCACAGCGUAGUGGAGCAUUCAUACGACGCAGUUGUGGUCGGUGCCGGCGGAGCUGGCCUCAGAGCUGCCCUCGAACUGAGCUCAAAUGGAUACAAAACGGCGUGCAUUUCUAAGCUCUUCCCAACACGAAGCCACACUGUGGCCGCGCAGGGAGGCAUCAACGCCGCGCUGGGUAACAUGACGGAGGACGACUGGAGGUGGCACGCGUACGAUACAGUCAAGGGCUCAGACUGGCUCGGUGACCAGGACGCAAUUCAUUACAUGUGCAAACAGGCGCCGCAGGCUGUCAUUGAAUUGGAAAACUACGGGCUGCCGUUCAGUCGCACCGAAAGCGGUAAAAUCUACCAAAGAGCGUUCGGAGGGCAGUCCCUCAAAUUCGGAAAAGGGGGGCAGGCUUACAGAUGCGCUGCUGCCGCGGACAGGACGGGGCACGCCAUGUUGCAUACGCUGUACGGUCAGUCGCUCGCCAAGAACUGCCAAUUUUUCAUCGAGUACUUCCUUCUUGACCUGCUGUACGAAAACGGCGCCGUAGUUGGCUGUGUUUGCAUGCGCAUGGCUAAUGGCGAAAUACACGUCUUCAAAAGCAACAACGUAGUCAUGGCGACGGGGGGUUUCGGCAGAUGCUACUUCAGCUGCACGUCGGCUCACAUGUGCACUGGCGAUGGAAACGCGGCGGUCGCACGUGCCGGGCUGCCCCUCCAAGAUAUGGAAUUCGUUCAGUUCCACCCUACCGGCAUUUACCCAGCAGGGUGUCUGAUCACCGAAGGGUGCCGUGGAGAGGGAGGGAUUCUGCGAAACAGUGAGGGAGAGCCCUUCAUGAGCAGGUAUGCACCCGUUGCAAAGGAUCUCGCGUCUAGGGACGUUGUGUCGAGAGCAAUGACGUGUGAGAUACUAGAAGGCAGGGGUUGCGGCCCCAACAAAGACCACAUCUACCUCGAUCUAACACACCUCGGCGAAGACGUGUUCCGCGACAAGCUGCCGGGAAUCACAGAGACGGCCAAAAUCUUUGCCGGUGUCGACGCCAGAAAGCAAUACAUUCCUGUCCUCCCAACUGUACAUUACAACAUGGGAGGCAUCCCCACAAACUGGAAGGCUCAAGCCAUUGACCGGAGCGACAACACGGUACCCGGGCUGUAUGCAGCGGGCGAAGCGGCGUGCGCAUCUGUCCAUGGAGCGAACAGGCUGGGUGCAAACAGCCUCCUUGACAUCGUGGUGUUCGGUAAAAGGGCGGCACUCUCCGUCAUUGAGGCCUGCACCCCGGGCGAGCAGAGUAAAGCCUCGCCGGUAUGCGUGCGAGGCGCAGUAGAAUCGACCAUAGCCAAGAUUACCAAGCUGUUCGCGAGCGGUAAGUGCAGCGGACCGAGCCACACACAACCUGCAGCCAAAAAAGACGGCAUUCCCACCUCUGCGAUCCGCCUGCAUAUGCAGAAAAGCAUGCAAGACAAUGUGGCCGUCUUCAGGGACGGCGAGCGCCUGAAAAGGGGAGUCGCGCUCCUCGAGGAGUGCUGUGACCAGUUCAAGGACGUAAAAAUUACUGACACAUCUCCGGCAUUCAACACGGAUCUGUACGAGACGCUUGAGCUGGAGAACCUCCUGACGCUGGCCAUGCAAACCGUUGUGUCGGCUGAGGCCCGCAAGGAAUCCAGGGGAGCUCAUUCACGAGAGGACUACCCCGCCAGGGACGACGUGAACUGGCGCAAACACACCCUAUCGUACAUAGAGUCGCCGGAGUUCAAGAAUGUCAAGCUGGCUUACCGCAGCGUCAUAGAUACAACGCUUGGCAGUGACAUGGAAACCAUUCCUCCGUUCGAAAGAACGUAUUAA